CGUGGCUUCCGGGGGCUCCGCCUCCUCCGCGACUCCGCGUUUGCACUUCAGGACCGGAGCUGUUCAGGCCGUCCCGAGGCUGACGGGGGCCAGCAUGGCAUCGAACACGGAGCCUGGCGGGACCGCCUGCACGCUGGAGUUCGCGGUGCAGAUGACCUGUCAGAGCUGUGUGGACGCCGUGGGCAAGUCCCUGCAAGGGGUGGCAGGCGUCCAGAGUGUGGAGGUGCAGCUGGAGAACCAGAUGGUCCUGGUGCAGACCACCCUACCCAGCCAGGAGGUGCAGGCCCUUCUCGAGAGCACCGGGCGGCAGGCGGUCCUCAAGGGCAUGGGCAGCAGCCUACUGAAGAAUCUUGGGGCGGCGGUGGCCAUGCUGGGGCGCCCUGGCGCCGUGCAGGGCGUGGUACGCUUCCUGCAGCUCAGUCCCGAGCGCUGCCUCAUCGAGGGGACCAUUGACGGCCUGGAGCCGGGGCUGCACGGGCUCCAUGUCCAUCAGUUUGGGGACCUCACCGACGACUGCAGCAGCUGCGGGGAGCACUUCAACCCGGAUGGAGCCUCUCAUGGGGGCCCCCAGGAUGCUGAGCGGCACCGAGGGGACCUGGGGAACGUCUGCGCCAACGCCGACGGCCGCGCCACCUUCAGGAUGGAGGAUGAGCGGCUGAAGGUGUGGGACGUGAUCGGCCGGAGCCUGGUCAUCGAUGAGGGGGAAGAUGACCUGGGCCAAGGCAGCCAUCCCUUGUCCAAGAUCACGGGCAACUCCGGGAAGAGGCUGGCCUGCGGCAUCAUCGCGCGCUCCGCGGGGCUGUUCCAGAACCCCAAGCAGAUCUGCUCGUGCGAUGGCCUGACCAUCUGGGAGGAGCGCGGCCGGCCCAUCGCGGGGGAGGGCCGCAAGGAGCCCACGCAGCCACCAGCCCACCUCUGAGUGGGGCCGCAGCCUCAGGGCCAGCGGUGGUCCUGGUGCCCACCUAUGAGCCAGUCUCAGGCCUGAUGCCGGGGCCAAUUAAAGCUGCUUUUUCCUGUGGAAGUUCUGUGUUUGCUUGGGGCGCCUGUGCCUCCGUGGGCCCAGGAACGCUGUCGCUGGCCCGGCCUCCCCACUUCAAGGACCACCUCUUGGCUUUGAAGUCAAACGAAACUGAAUUUUAGAUCGGAGUGAUAGUACAGUGGGUAGGGUGUUUGCCUUGCAUGCGGCCAACCCAGGUUCGAUUCCCAGCAUCCCAUAGGGUCCCCCGAGCACCACCAGGAGUAAUUCCUGAGUGCAGAGCCAGGAGUAACCCCUGUGCCCCGCCGGGUCACUGUCAUCCCGUUGCUCAUUGAUCUGUUCGAACGGGCAUCAGUAACGUCUCU